CACCCUUCCCGCCGCCCCUGCCGGCAGCCGUUUCGGUCCAGAGUCGAAGAUGGCAGAAGAAAUUUCUCAGGGAAAGUCGGCGGGCCAGGUGUGCACCUUCUUCAAAAAGCCCGGGCGGAAAGGGAACGCUGGCCGCCGGAAGCGCCCGGCGUGCGACCCGGACUCGGGGGAAAGCGGAAGCAGCAGCGAUGAAGGCUGCACGGUUGUGCGGCCGGAGAAGAAGCGGGCCACCCACAAUCCAAUGAUCCAGAAGACGAGCGGCAGCGGCAAACAGAAGGCGGCCUACUACGAUGUGAGCGGCGAAGAGGAGGAGAAGACGGAGAAUGAGAGUUUGGGCGUGGUUUACAAGUCCACGCGCUCCGCGAAACCGGUGGGGCCGGAGGAUAUGGGGGCAACGGCAGUCUACGAGCUGGACACAGAGAAGGAGAGAGACGCACAGGCCAUCUUUGAGCGCAGCCAGAAAAUCCAGGAGGAGCUGAGAGGCAAGGAAGAUGACAAAAUCUAUCGUGGAAUCAAUAAUUACCAGAAAUACAUGAAGCCCAAGGAUACGUCCAUGGGCAAUGCCUCCUCUGGCAUGGUGAGGAAGGGCCCCAUCCGAGCCCCCGAACAUUUACGUGCCACCGUGCGCUGGGAUUACCAGCCGGACAUUUGUAAAGACUACAAGGAAACUGGCUUCUGUGGCUUUGGAGACAGCUGCAAAUUCCUCCAUGACCGUUCGGAUUACAAGCACGGCUGGCAGAUAGAACGUGAGCUUGAUGAGGGCCGUUACGGUGUGUAUGACGACGAAAACUACGAAGUAGAAAGUGAUGAUGAAGAAAUACCUUUCAAGUGUUUCAUCUGUCGCCAAACCUUCCAAAAUCCGGUUGUCACCAAGUGUAAACAUUAUUUCUGUGAGACCUGUGCACUGCAGCAUUUCCGUACCACUCCACGUUGCUAUGUUUGUGAGCAGCAGACCCAUGGGGUUUUCAACCCUGCGAAAGAACUGAUUGCUAAACUGGAGAAGUAUCGAACAACAGAGGGUGGUUCUUCCAACACCCCAGAAGACCCUGAUGGGGUCUGAUUGUCCAUAAUUGUCAAGUCUCAAAGUACUUUUUGUUUUGGUCACCAACGCAACCAUAAUUGAAGGAAUGUUAAGUUUUCUAGGAAGAAUAUCUAAAUUUUGUUUUAUAUGACAAUGCUGCAGAUGGGAUCAAUACAGUUAACUCAUGGAACUCUUAGACUGCCUGCCCAUCCUGUGUAUAGCUAUACAUUCUGAGUCCAAAUAAAUGUGAUUUUUUUUCUGA